CUUCUAUAUAAAAGUUAGGGAUUCGCUGCUAACCUUUCUGUUUCUGAAAGCCUUGUAGACUCUUGGUAGACACAAUGAGGAACAUUUCAUACUCUCAAAAAACGACAACGGUGAAUGAGUCCAGGAAAGGCAUUGGUGGCUCCGCUUAUUCCUCAAGCAAAGUCCAGGAAGGAUUUCAGGGUGAUGUGUCCAACACAGAAUUUGAGGGGGAACUGUCUACCAAGAAAGCCCAUGUUCCUCGCCCCAAUGAGAAGGAAGAGCUCCAGCAGUUGAACACACGAUUUGCUGGUUACAUCGAAAAGGUCCGAUCACUUGAAGAAAAGAACAAGGCCUUGAAUGCAGAGCUUGUCGCACUAGCUGCUCUCUUGAAGAAGAGAGGACCUGGAAUAUCGGAGGAAUAUGAGAAGCAAUUCAAAGAGCUAAAAGAUCUGAUUGAGAGUUUAAACAAAGAGAAAGACGCGGCAGAUAUCGAGAGGGGGAACUUAGAGGAAGAGAUCAACAUUUGGAACGACAAGUGUGAGGUAGAACUAUCUCUCAAAGGUACGAAGGGCAAAGCGAGCAUCAUGGGAAAUGUAGUUUGAAGGAACACUCCAUUGAAUUAAUUUUAUAGCAAUUUAGUAGAUGUAACAAGAAAACAUGCAUGUAUUUUGUUACUGUAUGCUUUGUGUAUUUUGUUUUUGUAUGCUUUGUUUGUGGGUAUCUAAGAGGGCACCUGGCUUCCCAGAGCCCAGCCAAUACUGGACUGUAGAAAGCCAGGUUGCUUAGACAGAGAUUAUACCACCUUCUAACAGUCCCAAUUUUGGUAUUACAUCCAUGAUUUUAGGGUCCUGUCCUGCCAUUCCGAUUUUGUUCCCUCGUGAGCUGUUCUCAGGACAGCACAGCACAGCACAAGGACAUCUUAAGGCCAGGGAUGGGCAACCUUUGGCAUUCCAUAGGUUCUGAACUACAUCCUCCAUAAUGCUCUUACACCCAUAAUGCUGGCAAAGCAUCAUGGGAGGUGUAGUCCAAAACAUCAGGAGUGCAGAAGGUUGCCUAUGCCUGCACUAGGCUAUCUGUACCUAGUGUGCUUCACGCCAGGCUUACCUACCCUUCGUGGAGCACCCACGCUUCUUAAUCUCAUAUCUUCCAAUGUUGAGAGGUAUGUUCUAGAGACACAAAUUCGUACAUGUAGUGACGGUUGUGAUAGGCUGAAAGCGGUCAACUGACACUCUCGGCCAAUUAUUGCUGCUCAGGCUAAUACUUCCUCAUUAGCUCAAAAAGUACAGAGGGGAUGGGCUGCUGGGGACUCUUGCUUAGCAUUAAAACAUUAAAUACAGUCUAACAAAUAAUGGAAGAAUGAAUCCAGGGGGCACUGGGUACUAUAACCACUUUAAUUAGAUGAAGCACUAAAACCCAAAAAACUUUAGAAUGAAUGGAAUAUUACAGCAAAGUCGUCGGUUGAUUAGGUUUUCCUUUAACUAAAUCUGUUGGCACUAAUUGUUCCCUUAAUAACUUUCUUUUCCAAGAGGUGUUUAACAAAUGUAAAAAAUACACUUUUCUCAGCCUCAUGGUAUUCUGUUAAAUACAAUACAUUUACCUACUCGAUAGUUUAAGUUUAAAUUAUCUUCUAAUGAAUAAGAAAACAUCACAAACUGCCAUCUACAAGUAGCAUGUUUUUGUUUUAUUUUGACAGAAGAGGCAGAGAGAACGCUCAGAGAAUUCCGUCAGGAUGUGGACGAUGCCACCUUGCAGAAGCUGGAACUGGAGAAGAGAGUUGAACAGCUGGUGGACGAACUUGAGUUCCUAAAGAAGCUUCACGAUGAAGAGGUUGCUGAUUUACUGAAGCAGAUUGAAGAUUCAAAGGUAAAUGUGGACCUCGAAAGUAGUCGCCCUGACCUGGCUGCAGCACUUCGGGCCUUACGUGGUCAAAUUGAACAGGCAUCCAAGAAAAUCUUUCAAGAUGCUGAAACGUGGUACAAGACCAAGUUGUGUUCACUGAAGGACCACGUCUACAAGAAUGAAGAAAAGAUCCAUAUCCUCAAAGAAGAUAUUAGUAGGUACACCAACCAGGUGUCUGACCUACAGUCCCAAAUUGAUGCGUUGAGAGCCCGUAAUGAAGCCCUUGAAAACCAGUUAGAGGACAUGAAAGCCAAACACCUGGAAGAAAGUGAUGUCCUCCAUGAGACCCUGAAUAAACUAGAAUGGCGCCUGUUAGCGACACAAUCAGAUUUAGGCAGAUACCUUAAAGAUUAUCAAGAUCUGCUCAACAUCAAGCUCAGGCUGGAUGCUGAAAUAGCUGUCUACCGGAAGCUGCUGGAAGCAGAAGAGGAGAGACUGGGGAUCAAUGGAGAAAACAAAGGUUAGUGCUCAAGAGCAAGGUGAAAGACAAGCUAAUACCAAUACGAACUCAUUUAAAUAUCACUGCAAAAUGAAACCACCUCCAAUUCAAAAUUUGUUUGUUUUUGUUUGUUUGGUGAAACGUGCUUUUACCAAAAUGGAGAACAAGUAUAGUCAUAGUUAGAAACAACUAUAGGACAAUCACUCAAUCUCUAUAUGGAGCCAGCAAAUUCUGUAGCACAGAAUACGAGUAAAGAGUAACAAAAAUAGGCUUUGAGUGAAGACUGCAAUCUGAUAGAAUAAUAUGAUGGUUGUACUUAAUUGGUUGUCCCAUUUUAGUUAAAGCGGCCCUAUCAUGGGUAUAUGUCCAUAUUUUUUUUUUUCCUCCCCCCCUCCCCCCCGACAUUUGUUUGCCUCCUAGCCCACAUUUUUUUUAUUUUUAAAUGCUCUCUGUUUAUGGCACAGGAUAUUCUUCCUAACCAAUGCAAUCCUAACCCUGCGAUUCCGAUUUGGCCCAUGCCCAGCAACUCCCUCUAAUUACUGCAUGCCCAAGAACGAGACUCAGGUAGAUUGUACUAGGCAUGCACGACAAAGGAUGAAAGACAGAUGAAACUCUCAAGAUUGGAGCAGAGGUAAGUAUGCUGGGAAGAUUUUACUAGACAAAGGAAGUGGUGGUUGCCUUAAGCGUCAUUCUUUGUCAACUUUUUUCAAGCUGAGGAAAAUGGAUAAUGCCUUAUGUAUUUUAAGAAAAAUUAAUUAGGAUGGAAGGAAAGAUUUGAGACCGGAAAAAAGAAGAAUCAAUUGAGGAAAGAUACGUGUGUCGUGACAGAGCUGCUUUAAAGAGAAAACAUUUGGGGAUAAUCAUUACUGAGAUUUUUAUUUUUGCCAUAAUCUGAAACGGUAAACCCCUGAAACUCCAGUACACCAGCGUUGGUUCCGCAGUCAGUUUUUAUUUUCCCUCUAGCGUUGGCCUCUUCCAUUCACAUUGCUUGUCUGGCCACCAAGACAUCAUUACAAUAAAGCGAAACCUGAGAGCAUUGGCUGAGGAAUGUAAGUAGGUUUCCUGACAGCAGAGAUUCCAGGCAUAAAUUAUGGAGAAUCUAAAAUAAUACAAGGAAAAAAACAACAGGAGAGAAAAUGAAAUUUUAAUUUAAUUGCUUUGAAGCUUAUAUUUUCUGCUUCUGCGAUUUCUCGACCAGACCCGGUCCGCCUCUUGUUCUGCAUAUUUUCAUAAACCCCUGAUUAGCAGGCGUUUAAAGAAAAAGUAGGUAACAGGUCCCAGAUAGUUUCAUUCAUGAAAAGAAAUGUAUCAAAUAGAAAGGUACAAUAGAGCCCUAUAUAAAUGACUUUGGAUUUAUUUGCUAUGCUAUCUUAAGCAGGGCACACAGUUUCCUCCAGUGACUGAAUAAAGAUAAGGUGUGAUUUAGCUGCAGCACUGUAGUGAAACAAGGAACAUUUUAUAUAGAAUGCUAUGGUGCCUGGAGUGUCUCUCAUUAUUGUUGCGUACGUCUGGUUGCCUAGCAAUUAGUGAAUGGUUUAAUUAUUGUUUUUUUUUUUUAUCAUUUCCUGUACUUAUAAAUGGCUAGGGGAAAUUGCAAGUAGUGUUAACAAGGAAAUAGAAUAAAACCUGUUAAAUUCGAACUGUCAGAGUUGACGUAAUUUGCCCCUUUUGUAGGACUGAUUUUACAAAUAGAUUGUGGGUGAAUUGCUUUGCAAGCGAAAUUUCCACUUCGCAAAACACCUGAGUAUACUGAGACAGCCUUUUAGUAGUUGAUACAUUUUCUAUUGAGGUUUAGAUGCCUAGACCCAUUUGGUACCAUGCCUUCUUAUAUAUUUUAUUUACGGUAUACGUGUCUCUGGACGUGAACACAGGAAACAUUUAAGUAGAGACUCUGGAAACAGUUUAAGCAUUGGAUAUUGCAGUUAGCAUGUAAGGCUCCCACGUUAAAAUAAGUGUAUGACCCACCGAUAUUGGGUUACUGUGAUGUAGUGGGGGGCUUACCAAAACAUGGCCAUAUGGUGUAAUUAAUUCCCCAUAUUAUUUUGCUGACAUAUGAUAUUUUAAACCUUCUUGAACAAAUAUGCUUAAGUUAAAAUGGCCUAUUGUAAAAUGCUAUAAAAAAAAAAACAAAAAAAAAACUUAGCUGACAUGCAGCACCUGGCAAAGGUCCCACUGUCUUCCCUGUCAUCAGCCUCCACAGUCUUCUCAUAGAGAGCUCUGUGAUUGGACGGUUUCGCCGGCUCAGAGUGCAUACAUGUGCUCUGGGCCAGCGAGGAAAGGAAUGGGAGGUGGACAGAGGAGAAAAAUAAAUAAUAAACAAAAUGUGGGGAAACGGAAAGGGCUUAUUAAAUCAUUGGAGGGGAGAAUGAGCUUCCCCUUUCAGAGUUUGCGCAUGACAGACCUUUCUUUAUGCACAUUAGGCAGCCCAGAACAGAGUUCUUGUGUGCCUAAUUCACGUGCCAGGGGUGCAACUAGGCCUCCUGCACACAAGUGCCAAAAACACAGUAUGCGUUGUAUUUCAAGCAGAAACAAGGCACAUACGCAUGCCGACCACUUGAAAUCAAUGAAGUGACCAUGGUGGUUGGAGUAACCCUAUAAAAAACUUUAAACUAUAUUUCUCUUUAGUAAGCGGUUUCUUAAUCAGUAUUUUGUUACAUAUUUAGGACAUUGCUUCAUUUUAUUUUUUGAGUGACAGGUUUGCUCCAUAAUUGUUAAGUUUACCCCCUCCCCCAGAAACAGACACAAAUGAAACAUCGCUGCGCUACUAAGGCUACUUCACUAAGCCCAUGGUGAAACAGGGUGGGAAGCCUAUUCUAUGUAAUCACUAUUGUAUUGAUCUGAACAGGAUAAUCAUUGAGGAAAUUAACUUGUCCAGACCUCACCUCUAUACAGAACGAUGGAGGGUCAUCCAUAUUCUUAAAGGAACAGAAACAUUUCUAUAGAGCCUUCCAACAGCCGCACUGCCCUCGUUUGUCUAUGAAUGACAACACAAAUUCCCCUUGUUACAAAACCAAGUCAUGCAGAACUAGGCCUGUUAUUCACAUUACUGCUCUAUAGUUCCAUAAACAAGCUCAGCAGAAACGUGAAAUUCUCAAACCAUUCCUACGGAACCGCCAGCAAACCAGGAAUAAUGCUACAACCCAUGCAAGUUGGUGGUUCAAGAGAACUAAUCAGCUGAAGAUAUUUCAGUGUUCUAGAACUUUUUUAACAGAACUAACACAAGACAACGUAGAGAUAAAGUAUUUAAGUAGUUUUCAUAAUCUUAAUUGCUGUGUUUUUACAUCUUUCAGCCCGUGGUGAUAGCUCAGAGAACAAAACAAAAACUGAAACCCAGAAAGCAAAGUCUUGAGGGUCCGGUUCACGUACCGUGAGAGUCUGAUGAUCAUGACUUCACAAUCUCUUCUCCAUCGCAUCCAUUAAAAGUCCUACAUAGCGGCUUCAUAAUAUGUUUAUUUACUCUCAAAUACUAACUGUGUUUCUAUCAUAUUAUCGUGUCAGGCAGCAAAGGAGGGCAGAUUUUAAUUUUCAGUCGAUUAUUCACUAAACUGGGAACUGGGAACCAAAGAGGGAUCUGCUAAAGCUGGUGAAAUAGAUUAUUUGGAAAAACGCUCUGACGCACUGAUUUUUUUUACAUCUCAGCUAUUUUACAUAAAACUUGAAAUUCCAUUAGAAGUCUCCAGUUUAGUGAAUAAAUAACCCCGUUCGUGCUUUAUUUACAUCGAAAAGGAUUUAAUGCUCUGCUCAACUAAUGGAAACACAAGGUUUGAUCAGUUCUUCAGAAUUAAAAGCGAUUAUUUGCUAAAUAAAAAUGUAUUUUAUGCUAUACUAAUUUGACACGUUAUGGUUUAGUUUGCUUGCCCAUCAAUACAUAUUAAAUGAGAAUAAUGUUACAGAAAUGGGCAAUCCAAUGAAGAUCCCCCCGGGUGCAUUUUAGGAGCCUUAACUAAAUGGUCUCAAUGAUGCCAAUCCCUCUACUAGGUCUUAGGGGAAUCCAUAACGUCUGGCACUCCAUGGUUAGGUAUGAAUGUAAUUAUAUUUUCAUUGUCCUGGUACAUUUGAAAUUAAUAAACACAUAUCAAAGUCUAA